AUGAGCGGAUGGCUUCGAAAUAUCCAAGGACAGCUGUCAGAUUUGGCGAACGAGGUGUUGAACGAAGCGAGCGAAGUGCUGACAGAAGCCAGAGAAGAAGUGCCCGAUCCGGAUGGCGAGAUUAUUGUAGCCAAAAAGAAAUGUGCAGAAGCGGAGAAGCAAUUGGCCAUCGAAAUGGCAAAAGUCGAAUCGCUGAGCAGCGAGAAAGAGCAUUUGGAGCAGCAGUUGUACGAUGCACACGUGGAAAUGGAUGCAAUCGGGUCGAAGUUGAAUGGAAUGGUCAAACAGAGAGAUGAGGAGAUUAAGAAGCUUAAAAAUCAAAUGGAGCACAUUGAAGAGUCCGGUUGGCACGAGACCACGCCCACUUCGUUUCCAUCAGCCACCGAAACGAGCCAAAUCACAGAGCUCCGUCAACAGAUUGCUCAUUGGAAGGCGAAAGCUGAAAAUGGGGAAAAUUCUGGAAUUCCAGAUAAAAAUCAAGAAGAAAUGGUCAGAAUUUCUGAAAUGGAGCGAAAAAUCGAGGCACUUCGACAGCAGAAAGAGCACGAAAUCCAGUCGAUCGUUGAGUCCCACGCGGAAUCGAUGGUUGAGAUGAGAGAGAUGUAUGAGGAGAAAAUUAGUAAUAUGCAGCGAUCGCUGGAAUCGAAGCUCGAAGGACUCCAGGAGCAGAACAAGGAGCUCGCCGACGCCUACACGGAGCUAAACACGGAAUUCGAGCAGUUCAAACAGCAGAACAACGUCGUCGUCAACGCGAACAGCGAUCUGAAUCGCCGCAUUGACUCGUUGAAGGCGAAUUUGAUUGAGUACGAAGAGAGAUACGAGUUGUGUAAGAAGGAGAACGCCGAGACGGUUGCUCAGUUGGAACGGCUCUCUAACGAUUUUGCGAGACUGCGAACGGGCGUCGCGAAUGUGAGUCAACGGCGUGACGAUUGUGAUUUGAUGGUGAACGAGGAAGUGGAGAAGCUUCGAAACGCCCUCGACGAGUCGAGAAGUGAGCGCGAACGUCUUCGCGACGAUGUACAGAGAUUCCAAGUGGCAGUUGGAGAGAUUGACGUCGAGUUGGAGAAGCUGCGAGCGGCGAACCGACAGUUGUUGGAGGAGAACAACGCGUUGACGGAGAAUUUGACCAGAUACGACGAAACGAUGAAAUCGAUAAUCUCGUCGUCAGAAGAGGACAUUGGGAAGUUUCGUGAGCAGUUCCACGAGAUUCAGGAGAAUCACAAGAAGCAACGAGAGGCGAUGAAUGCUGAGAAUGACGCGUUGCGGGAGGAAACGGAGGCGAUUAAGAGGCAAAGAGACAUUCUGAUGGAGGAAUCCACACUGUUAAAAGACGUUAAUGAGAAGUUAAAGACGAAAACGAGUGCCGAGGAGGAGAAGAAUCGUCUAUUGCAGGAAAAAUCGGAUCUUCUCGAGCAAUGCCUAUCGAAAGAACGUGCCGAACGUGCUGCUUAUAACGAGAAGUCGGAAGAAGCCAAACGAGAGACGGAGGCGAAAAUUCUGAAUUCCGAUUGUGAUGGAAAUUUGGAAAAUGAGAAUUCCGUGUUGAAGCUGCAACUCAAGGAAGCCCUCGAUGCGAAUGCGGAAAAAACGGACGAGUGUGAGAAGCUGAUAAUCGAGAAUCGAUCGCUGGAGAGGGAAGUGGAUUUGAGGCAGAACUGUGUUGACGAGAUGAUUGCUCAGACUAAUACGCUACAAAUGCAACAGGAGAGCAUGUCAACGCAGAAUAAGACACUCCAGACGCAAAUUCUGGCCCACGAGAGGUCGAUUCUCGAAGAGCGGCUCGCCGAGGAGCAAGAGAGAUCGGAUGAGCUCGCGAAGAAGACGAAACGGCUGGAAGAAGUGAUUGUCGGCGGUGAUUCUUCUGGAAAAGACGGCGACGACGAAAACGAUGAUGAGCAAUCGAGGGGUUCUGAAGCGAAAUCCGAGGAAUUGGUGAAAUUCAAGCGAUACGUCGCCGAGUUACAGACAAAACUAUCUGAAACGGAGAACGAGCUGAAGCUGAUAAAAGAGCAAAAGGCGGCUGAAAACACGGAAGCGGCUGAAAUUCGUGAGAAUCUCGAGCGCAACCUUUUCGAGGCCGAAAAAGUGGACAAGGAGCUGUUGGAUGGUAUUGAGGCGAGAGUUAAGGACAUGGAAGGCGAGCUGAAACAGCGUGUCGAUCAGGUCGAUCAACUGAAAGCCGAGAAAGCUCAACUACAAAAAUCGAUAGCGGAAAUGAGCGAAAAGUUGGAGAAAGCCGAUGAAAAGGAACGUCUCCAAGAACACCUCCAGAAGCCUGCUGAAUCCACUCCAGAAGACACGACGACGAUCGAGGAGCUCCGUGGAGCAGUUUCGAGUCUUCAGAAGGAAAAUGAGCAAUUGAAGGAAACCCUCCAGAAUCCGCCAACGACGUCUCCAGAAGACACGACGAGGAUCGAGGAGCUCCGUGCAGCAGUUUCGAGUCUUCAGAAGGAAAAUGAGCAAUUGAAGGAAACCCUCCAGACUCUGCAAACGACGUCUCCAGAAGACACGACGACGAUCGAGGAGCUGCGUGGAGCCGUUCUAGCCCUCCAACAGGAGAAUGAGCACUUGAAAGGAGUGGCAAAGACGCAGUACGAGGAGAAUGUGAAGUAUUAUGAGCAAUUUCAAGCGAUGGCCCAACACAAUCAGGAGAUCCAGGAUCAGCUGAAUCGGAACAAUGAGCAGAAUGAGAAGAGAGCAAAAGAGCUGGCACGACUCCGCGAGCAUCUGAUGAUUGUUGAGGAGAACUCGACGAGAGAAGCCGUCGAGGCGGAGCACAGGGAAACGGAGCUCAGGGAGAGGGUCAAGGUGUUGGAAGCGAAGGGGCAUCAGGUGGAGGAAGGUGCCAGCGAGUCGAAUCAACAAUAUCAAGUGCAAAUCGCGUCUCUAACUGCUCAACUGGAAUCAUCCCAAAAGACGACGAAUGACUGGAAACGGAGAUUCGAUUCAGAGCAAAAAUCGAGAGAACAGACACAAGAAGCACUCGCCAGUCUUCAGAAUGUCGUUCGAGAAUUAUCGAUUGAUCACGAGAGAGACUCGGCGACGGCCAGUCAUCGCAAUCUCGAACUGCAAACGACGAUUUCGAAUCUAACCGAAGAAAUCGCUCAAAUUCGUGAAGAAAUGGAUCGUCAAUCGAUUGGACGACAAGCGGCUGAAGAGGAAUCCGAGAGAAGGCAAUUGCAAUUGGAAUCCAAACAGAAAAUCAUAGAAGACCUCGAGAAUCAAAUCGAAGAGCUGCGAUCGCCGAAGAAGCCCACCGACUCGUACCGUAUCGAUGAUUCCACACUCCGCCAGCUAUUCCUAUCGUAUUUCUCGUCGGAAUCGUCGAAAAAGGCGGACAUUGCACUGUUGUUGGCGAAUAUUCUGGAAUAUCCACCGGAUGAAAUGGACAAAUUCAAAUCGGCGGUUCGUCAAUCCGUUGGACAGCAGCAGCAGUCUUCAUUCUGGGGAUUAUCGGCCAGAAACUCGCCAAGUCCAUCGCCUGGUGGAUCGAUUGCUGAUCAGUUUAUUAGAUUCCUUGAAAUCGAAUCGGAAUCAUCGCGAACUGCUCCACACCUCCCGUUGAGAACUCAGAAUGAGCCGGCGCCACGAAUGUCGAUGGAUGCACCAACGACAGCGACGCAGAGAUCCAAAAAUCCACAAAAUCAAGCCACAUCGUCGUCAUCAUCGUCGGCAGCCGCUUUGGAUUCGUUGCUCCGCUGA